CGGCCGCACUCCAUCGCCGCGAGCCACCGCACGCGCACGCGCCGCGCUCCCGCGAUAUACGCUCCGAUAACUUAUCCCAAAGUGACUGAUUAGUGUAAUAAACGUAAUCAACUACCGAUUGCAAAAGUUUCUUCAUUAGCUCAAUCGGCUGGUAUUUUAAUUGAUACGUCUUUUUGUUAACAUUUUCUCCUAUAAGUGGACAAGUGCAUUGAGUAAGUGGAGAAGGCUACAUUCCAAACCGGUGUCGUUCUUUAAUGGACGAGGUGUGUACUACUCUGUGUGUGUUUUAGUAGUUAUCGAGGAGGUGACUGGUUCGGUUUUCGGUGUAUACUGAGAUUUCUUGUGCAGUAGACAGUGACAAACGAGAAAGGAAGUAAAAUAGAUAGUUGAAAAUCCAACUCAGCUUAGAGUUUCCUAGCCAUAAUGUGAGUUUUGACAAAAAGCGAGACUGUAAUACAAAAGAAAAAUGGCUCGCGGAACACUGAGUGAAAACGAGCGUCACUGUUUAGACGCAAGCGCAAAAAAUCAAUCAGACCGUCUCCAAGAGUCGGAAAAAACACUAAGUGACUGUAAAUCGAAUGGACUUAGAGUGCGCUUCCUUGAUGAGGAAGGCAAAACAGAAAGGAUGGUCAGCGCCGACGAGGUCGACUGCGCUGUCACGAGAGUCAAAAAAAUACACAUUCUUAAGAACAGAAGCUCGAGCGAGACGAGCAUACUGCUGAGGAACCCCUCUCUCAUGAAGAGACGUUCCAGUUCCGAGCGCCGGUUCAGCGACGGCCACACGGACAACAUAAACAACAACACUCUGAACGAGAACUUGAACGGCAGAAUUAAAACGAGCGAGUUUGACAAAUCCGAUAAGACUGAUGAAGCAGAUCAAACCAAAGAAGUAAACAGCCAGAGCUUUAAGAAGAACUGUAACGUGUACAGUGUUAACCAAGCAAAGACUCUGACUCCGGAAAGGAAAAAGUCUUUGCCACUAACAAUGCCGCGGCUGAUCGGCCACAAGAUCCAGGAAAAUGGACAAACCAAGUCAAUCUUGCCAGCCGAGGUCUGCUUGGCUGAUGGUGCGUCUGGUAAAGACUUCACUGCUCGCGCUAUCGGCCGUCUGUCCAGAGGAAUAGGAAAGCUCCUCCGUCGCACGAACAGCGUGCGCAUCAGUGAUCCCGACCCCGUGUACAAAGUGGCGUAUCUCGGCAAUGUCCUCACCGGCUGGGCUAGAGGUAAGCAAGGUGAGAGCUGUAUUGAGAAGCCACUGGCGACACUCUGGCGCAACUACCAGCAGUCGACGAAGCCCGACGUGGUGAUGAAGCUGUCCGUCACCAACUCCGGCCUGAAGGGGUUCACCAAAGAGCACGGGCUCACCGAGUACUGGUCCCACCGCAUCACGUACUGCGCCAGCCCGCCGCACUAUCCAAAGCUCUUCUGCUGGGUGUACCGCCACGAGGGCAAGAAGCUCAAGCACGAGCUCCGCUGCCACGCCGUCCUUUGCACCAAAGAAUCAAUAUCAAAGAAGAUUACAGAGGAACUUCAAGUCAAACUGAAGCAAGCCUUGGUCGAGUUUAAGAAGGACAGAAUCUCGAAGCAAAAUGCUAGACUCAGUCUCGCUAACAGCGUGUACGAAAACCCAAGUAUGCCUCGCAGGAAGAUUCUUUUAAGCGUCGGAGCCACAAACUACAGACCUCCGUUAGAGAGGUCUAAAUCAGCUCCGAAGUUAGGAGCUAUUGAAGAACUCUGUUCUGAAGAAGACGAGGAGGAGGCGGAGAUGAACGCUAAACAGAGCUGCGAGCCCUGGUCACGAACGUCUUUGACGAUGGACAACUUCUAUUCCUCUCAAACGCUCGACAGACGACGGCCCGAUAUAAAGUCCCCGAGGAAGACCUCCUGUCCCGAGGGAGUUAUAAAUAGAACACUAUCUGAGUCUGGUACUAGCAACGUCAUCGUCUCCGACGAAUUCCUUGACAUGUUGGCAAAGGAAAGUCAGAAAAAUGGACGUGUCGAUGAAACUAGUCAAAGUGAUGCAGAGAAGGAAACGAGAUUGCUUGAAGCGAUUGCCGAAUCGAACGAACUGAAUGACAAUACUGCGGCCGAUGGUGACUGUAAGGCACAUAUGCAAAGUAACUACCUCGUCACGGAUAGCGACGACGGAUCUGUUUCUUCCGGCUGCGAGACCGCCAGCACGGUCACCGACAACGAGCCGUCAUCCCUGCCUUCGUUCCCUCAGGAAGAUCAAAAGGAACACGAAAACACUACUCGCUCUUAUAUGGACCCCAGCUUCGAACACAAUGAUAUCAGGGGCAGCAAUAGAAGCUUCAACUCUGUCCAUAUUAUGAACAACUCUGAAUCUGAAGUCACCGAGGAGGUGAACCACGUCCCCAUUGGUGAAAAGAAUACGUUCAGGCGCCGCUCGACGUACCCUCCUUUACGCGCGGAUAACAAUAUCUUGACAAACUUCGAAGAAAAGUUCGAAUCUCUCAUUGAUAACUUGACCGAUGUCGACAGCCUAAACUCGAGCACAGAGACGGAAGUGUUCAAGAACACUGGAGACAAUGACAGCGCGUGCAGCGACGAGUCGGGCUACUCCGAGCUGCUGGAUGGCAAGGAGAGCAUCAUCGGUAACACUAUUAUGGUAUAAGUUCUCGAACUGUAGCCGACCUUCUAUUGAGUGUUUAUUUUCAAAGAAAAUAAGUCCCAAGGACAAAGAGCGCUCCUCUGAUCUCUAGCGAGGCGGCAGCCAUGAUGAGAAUCUAUAGAGUAUGUCAAAAUAGUUUUUUUUAGAAUUUAAAUGGUCUGGCAACAUCAAUGCACGUAGUGAAAUAUUAUUAUGAAUCCUUUAGUAGAUUAUAAAUUAUAUACGGUUCGUGUUUAAAGGUAGUUUUGGGUUAUUAAGAUGAAUUAUAAAUUCUGAUGGAAGCUACCAGUUAGUGUCUCGACGGUCGACUCCAGUAGCUGGGCUCGUGUGCUCGAAACAUAUUAUUUUGUAAAUAACAGGGUACAAGAGUACUUCAUCCAGUUGUCGUAUUACUAUGUUUAAAUGAUUGUAUAUAUUGUAAUUUAAGUUCAUUUAUUAGAUGAAAUUUAUUGGAGAUUUUUUUUAUUUUUAAAAGAUUUAUUAUAGAUACUUUAUGUGGAUGCAAACAUCUGUUUUUGUUUUUGUCUAUAUUUAUUGUUUAAAAUAAGUAUACUUGUUGUGGUAGAAUGUAGGCGGCAGAUUGUGGGUGCCAAUACAUUUAUAUGAAAUGUAUUGGCUGUUAGGUAGGCGCGUGGGGUUCUAGGACAAAACUAACUACUAGUGUUUACAUAGUGCUCGAGCGUUGCCCCUCGUAAACAUGAUUGUCGCUUAUCAAUGUGCCUCUACGAAUAGAUUCUGUUGGAUCCGCAGCUCCAAGCAGCGCACUGACCUUAAUACUAUUUAUGGUGACUCAAAGCCACACUUACGAGAUUGUUUCAUAUUAUCAAUAGUGAUGCAUCACAAUAUUGUGACAGCUGUCAAGGAAGAGUCUUCAAGAGUCCUCUAGUUAUUGUUGGCUGUAAGCCCCCUCGGCUGAGCCUGCUUGGAGCUGUCACAAGUCUCAUCUCGACUACUCGUACUUACGCAUUCCAUGUGCACUUGUAUAACGCCACGAUUUCGGGUCAUUUGUCAUCCUAAUUGUAUUUGUAGUGGAGAAUAUUUUUUCGAUGAAAAAUAAAUAAUUUAAAAUUG